UGGCUUCCUGGGAGCGGGGCGCUGGGCGCUGGGCGCCCGGGGCAGGUGUGCAUCCGGACGGCGGCUGUGUGUGUCCCAGGUCGAUGGCGGCGGCCGAUGGACCCCGAAGAGGCGAGUACAGACAGAGAGACACAGGGAAAGGCCCCGGGUGGUAAUGUGCCUGGUUGAGCGCACAUGUUCCAGUAUCCAAUAAAUAAAGAGAGUAGAAAAGAUUCUGCGCAGAUGAGGACAGAGGACUAUUGACGGCUGGACCAGAGUGCUAGCUAUGGAGGUUUCCAUGGCGACCGGAGUGCAGCCAGCACCUGCGCGGGACAGCGUGACGUUCGAGGACGUGGCCCUGCACUUCUCCUGGGAGGAAUGGGAGCUCCUGGACGAGGCGCAGAGACUCCUGUACUGCAGCGUGAUGAGGGACAACUUCGCGCUCGCAGCCUCACUGGACUGUUGGCAUGCAGUGGCCAGUGAGGAGACACCUUCUGAGCAGAGCAUAUCUGUGAAAGGAGAGUCACACAUAAGGACUCUGGAGGUAGUAGCUACAUCUCCCCAGAAGACCCAGCCCUUGAAAGUAUGUGACCCUAUCUUGGGAGAUAGUUUGUACUUGGCUGAGCACCAGAGAAUACAUCUUGGGCAGAAACCGUACAUGUGUCGGAAACAGUUGUGCUUGACUACCAGCCUUCAGGAGCAGCUCACACCCUUCAUAAAGUCUGUGGAGGAAGACCUGCCCAUCACGACCUAUGCUGUCCAGGUGCCUUUCCCCUCCGGAGGGACUGGGAAGGACUGCCUAGCCAGCGUGGGAUUCUCUCACGGUCAAGUCACUCACACUGGGGAGCAGUCGAACAAGUGUGAGAGUAUCUUCUACAACAGAAGAAGCCAGUGCAGCUGGCAAGAAUAUAGGAAAGCCUUAGGUGUCACUGGUCCACUCAUGCAGGACCAGAGAUCCCUCAAGAGAGAAGGACCUUAUUCAUGCAGCAUCUGUGGGAAAACCUGCAGCCGGAAAUGUAAUCUCAUCCAGCACCAGAAAAUUCACGCUGGAGGGAGGCCUUACCAGUGCUGCGAGUGUGGGAAAGUCUUCACCUACUACUCCAGCUUCCUGGUACAUCAAAGAGUUCACACCAGAGAGAAACCUUACAAGUGCGGUGAAUGUGGGAAAGCCUUCAGCCAGAGGUACAGCCUCAAUGGCCACAGGAAAGUUCACACUGGAGAGCGGCCUCAUGUCUGCAGUCAGUGUGGGCGAUCUUUUAGUCAAAGGUCCAACCUCACUCAGCACCAGAGGCUCCACUCAGGAGAACGACCUUUUGAGUGUGGAGAGUGUGGGAAGUCUUUCAGCCAAAACUUCAGCCUCGUUUACCACCAGAGAGUUCAUACUGGAGAAAGGCCUCACCGGUGCGCUGAGUGUGGGAAAUCCUUUAGCCGAAGUUCUAGCCUCAUUCAUCACAAAAGACUUCACACAGGAGAAAGACCUUAUAAGUGCAGCAAAUGUGGGAAAUCUUUUAAGCAAAGCUCCAGCUUUUGUUCACAUCGGAAAAUCCACACAGGAGAAAGACCUUACAAGUGUGGGGAAUGCGGGAAGUGUUUUAACCAUAGCUCCAACCUUAAGAACCAUUGGCGAGUUCACACCGGAGAAAAGCCUGUCAAGUGCAAGGAAUGCGGAAAAUCCUUUAGCUGCAAAUCUAACCUCAUUAAACACCAGAGAGUCCACACUGGAGAGAGGCCUUAUAAGUGUGGGGAUUGUGGGAAAUCUUUUAGCCAAAGCUCUGGCCUUAUUCAGCAUCGGAGAGCGCACAUUGGGAAAAGGCCUAGGAGUGCGGUGAAUAUGGGAAUUCCUCCUGCUGCUGCACACCUGACCAUGUUCAACACCGGAGGUUUCACAUUCCUGAAAGGCCCUAGAUCAGGGAUGUGCAGUUUCCUUCCAGAAAAUUCCCCUGGGGCUGGGGAGACAGCAUAAUGCUUCUGCCAAAGUCUCUCCUGUAUGAGCCUCUGAGGCCUCAGGUUCAGUCCCCCAGCACCACCAUAAGCCAGAGCUGAGCAGUGCUCUGGUCUUUCUGUAUCAGUCAGUCGCUCGCUCUCUCUCUCUCGCUCUCUCUCUCUCUUUCUCCCACUCAUAAUAAGGGGCCAGGUGGUGGCUCACCUGGUUGAGUGCACAUACUACAGAGUGCAAAGAUGUAGGUUUAAACCCCUGGUCCUCACCCACCAGCGGGAGCUUCACAAGUAGUGAAACGGCUACAGGUGUCCUCUCUCUCUCUCCCUCCCCUCUCAAUUUCUCUUGGUCUCUAUCCAAUAGAUAAAUAAAAUAUUAGAGAGUGUGUGUAUGUGUGUGUCCCCUGGAGAAGUUUUUAAAGGAUUUACUACCCGAAUUGAAGCACUUAAUCUGAAAGCAGCACAUGGGGGAGAGCCCCAGGCAUGUCUCUAUGGAGCUGCACUGGCGGCUUCUAACCUGCCAGGGCCUUUGCUACAUCUGUGCUUCUGCAGUUUUUGUUUGUUUUCUUUAUUAGGGGAUUAAUGGUUUGCAGUCAACAGUAGAAUACAGUAGUUUGUACAUGUGUAACAUUUCUCAGUUUUCCACAUAACAAUUCAACCCCCUCUAGGUCCUCCUGGGUGGCAGAAUUUGUUCCCAUGUACCAUGGCAAAUCCAGUAGUUACUGCCUUGAGCUGUCAAGGGAAGCUGAGCCCUGAGCCUCCCCCAUGUACUGGGUGUAACCCUGAACAGUCUUGACCUUGUGGUCAUUCUUACAUCCUUGACAAGUGAAGGUAUGACCCUGGCCGGGUUUUGUCUCAUAGAAGUUAAGUCUGAGUUCUACAGACUUGACAGAGCUAUAGUUUCUUUUUCUUUUUUUUUUUUUUUUAUUAGUGAUUCAAUAUUGAUAAACAAAAUUACAUGUCAACCAGGCUCAACCCCCAGUACCACCAUAAGCCAGAGCUGAGUAGUGCUCUCAUCUAUUUAUCUUUUGCUCUGUAUCUCUCAUUAAAAUAAAAUAAAUAAAAUGUUUACAAAAAUUACAUGUCAACAGGGGUAUAAUUCCACACCAUUCCCAACACCAGAGUCCUGAAUCCCAAGUCCCUCUUGCAAACCGCCAUGAUUCUCCCAAGGUUGGAGACAUGGCUUAACUGUCAUCUCUACAACUGUCUGUCCACAUUUGUACAUAAUUGCUCCCUUUUUCUUCCAGGUCCAGUCCUCUCUUGCCCUCCAAGACACACAUCACCCUAUUAUUGUAUCCAGAUAUCUCUCCCCUUUUUCUUCCUCUCCUAGUCCUGAUGGAGCUGGAGUUCAGAGCCCUCUUCUCUUCCUCCUAUCACUUCCCCCCACUGGGAGUAUGGAUCAAAGUUGUUUUUGGGGUGUAGAAAUAGGAGUUCUGGCUUCUGUAAUUGCUUCUCUGCUGGACUUGCAUGUUGGCAGGUGGAUUCAUACCCCCAGCCUGUUUCUAUCUUUCCCUAGUGGGGUAGAGCUCUCAAGAGGCGAGGUUCCAAGACACACUGGUGAGGUCGUCUACCCAGAGAAGUCUGGGUAGACUCAUGAUAGCAUUUGUAACUGGGUGUUGGAAAGGUGGCAGGAUAGAAGGUGAAGCAAAAUGGCUAAAGAACAGGAACCAAAAAGUAGGAACAGCAGAUGAGACUAGGGACUUUAGGGUGGAAGAGAGCUAGAAAGUUUAUUGGAGGCAUGUUUCUAGGGGCCCAUGACUGAUAGUUUUUUGCUUGAGUUUGAUAGCUAGCCUGAGGUUGGAUAAAAACAUUGAGAAAUUUGAUGGUGUCAAGAGUAGAGAAAGGGUUACAAAGUCGGACUAGGGCAGAGAGUAGCUCCAAUAUAGAACUACAUAUUCAAGGACAUGAUUUCCCUGGCCUCCAAUUCACCAUGCCGGGAACUGCUACCUUGUAUUGCUUUGGAUUUCACAGUAAUGAAGACAUGUCUUUGAGAUUCUGUUCACUGUUCUGCUGGAGCAGCAUGAAGGUAAAGAACCGUCUUGGUGUCUCCUGUCUCCUGUGUGUGUGCUGAAGACACUGCAAGGUAAUAGGAGAAUAUAGUUCUCAGGGGCCAGGUGGUGGCGCACCUGAUUGAAUGCACAUGUUACCAUCUCAAGGACGUGGGUUCAAGAUCCCGAUCUCCACCUGCAGGGGGAAAGCUUCACAAAUAGUGAAGGAGUGCUGCAGGUCUCCGUCCCUCCUUCCUUCUUUCCUUCUUUCCUUCUCUAUCUGAAUUGAGAUCUGUAGGCUCCUGGUGGACGCCCACUUCUUCGACACUCCUGCAUCCCAGUGGCAGGCUCUGAUGGCAGCCAACCUGCUCUCACUUUUAUUGUCAACACCUUGAUGGACAUUGUUUCUAACCAAUCAGCUGGUGCCAUGCCCAGUUUGAAACUGAUAAAAGUGAGACAAGCGUGUGGGAAUCUGCCUGUAACCCGUUACCUCCCCUCCCCUCCUUGGCCUCAGUCUCACCCUUUGGAUCUCUGCACCCUGGGACUGUAACACUCGGAGCUGUUCUGCAGAUAUUUCCAUAACAUAACUUCCCCUUCCUUUUCAAAUUCUGCCUCUAUCCAGUAAAAAUCAAAUAAAAUGGGAGUCGGGCUGUAGCGCAGCGGGUUAAGCGCAGGUGGCGCAAAGCUCAAGGACUGGCGUCAGGAUCCCGGUUCGAGCCCCCGGCUCCCCACCUGCAGGCAGGUCCCUUCACAGGCGGUGAAGCAGGUCUGCAGGUGUCUGUCUUUCUCUCCCCCUCUCUGUCUUCCCCUCCUCUCUCCAUUUCUCUCUGUCGUAUCCAACAACAACGACAUCAAUAAUAACUACAACAAUAAAACAAGGGCAACAAAAGGGAAUUAAAAAAAAAAUUU